AUGCUAUGGAUCCACGGGGGAGGGUUUCAGGCGGGAGCGGGUGGUGACUACGACGGCACCCAAUUGGCCGCCAACUGGGACGUGGUUGUGGUGACCAUUAACUAUCGGUUGGGAGCCCUGGGCUUCCUGUGCACUGAUAGGCCGGACGCGCCCGGAAAUGUCGGUCUCUGGGACCAGGCGAUGGCCAUGCAGUGGGUUAAGAAGUAUAUCACCAAUUUUGGUGGCAAUCCCAAUGAUAUCACCGUAUUUGGCGAGAGCUCGGGUAGUAUAUCCAUAAGCGCCCAUAUCCUGUCAAAUGUGACCCAGAGCUAUUUUAAAAAGGCAAUCAUGGAAUCAGGGUCAGUCCUAACAAAUCUCCAGAUGCGCUCCAAGGCCUACACAACACGACUGGCCAUGAGGUACGCCCAACAGUUAGGUUGCGACCCGAAAACGACUCCGGAUUAUGUGAAAUGUAUGCGCUCCACCACCAUAUCGUUUCAA